CAAAGCUGUGAAAUACAAUCAAUAUCUCCCCUUGUUCAAUUAAGUUGCAGAAACCAGAGGAAACAACUAAGCACGAAGAUGAAGAAGUUCAUUUGCUUGGCUCUGCUUUUCGUGAUUGCGGCCACCAUUGCUGGGGUUGAAGCUGACGGCUAUGGAGUGUGUGGGAAGUUCAGUCCAGAUAGAAUGCUCACACAUGUUCUUCGUCACUGCAAGAAACCUGCAAGAGAUUUAACUGUUCCUGUGUCUCCAAAAUGCUGCGAGCCUCUCUCCCACAUCUCUGUGGAAUGUUUCUAUGCUAUUAUCAAUUCCGACACUUGGAAGUAUUCAGGCCUUAACCCUAGAAUUGCCUUCACCAUUCCCAGACGCUGCCAUCAUCUCAUUCAUCAUCCCCACUAGUGCUUUUGCACAUAGCUUAAUAAUAAUGGACUAGUCACCUACCAAGCUACUGUAAUAAAGCGUGACUGUAUGUGUCUUUAAUAAGAGCUCAUUAUAGUAGCUCAUAAUAAGUUUGUUAAACAUGUUACAAUGUUGAUUUGAAGUUGAGUUUGUGUCAUUCAAACUGCCAAUAGUGGUGGAUUUGUUGAGUUUUAAUUGGUUGGUUUGUGUUUUACUGUCUUAAAGAUGUAUCAAGCUUUAUAUAAAAAAAAUCGUUCUUCUCUUGAUUAUGAUAAA